CCCUGUUCGCUGUUACCCUUCUCUCUUUGUUUUCUUCACCAAACUAAACCCACCCAGAAAGUAGCGAAGGGUAAGCUGUCCGGAGCUUGGAUCUAUGGAGGAUUCGUAAACUUUGGUCUCCCACUGCCCUUCAGACGAAUUCAUUCGUUGAUGUUCGGCCUGGAUGCAAGGUGUUGUCACUUAUAAAGUUUGCAGUUAGUUAUGUGUUAAAUUCUGCUGUUGGUGGUCAUUGGUAGCUGUGGGUAAUGGAUGAGAAUUUUGAAAUGGAUGCAGAUAGAUUUAGUCCCUUAGGAGGGGUGGGGUGUGAUGAUAUUGGUACGUUGAUGGAGAUAUGUGUAGAUGAUAAUGAAAAUGAAGGCAAUAUUACUUUGGAUGAAGAGAACUUGGAUAAUAUAUCCCUCUCACAGACCGUUGAAUACAAUUCUCCUUUACCAUGUAUCAAUGACAACUCUUGUAGUCAAAACCAUCAAGGUUCCCCAGUUGAGAGUGUAGAGACCUUAAAUACAACAGUGUCAACAAAUGAUGUGAUUGAAGGCACCUCUAUUGAACCUCCAAAGGCCGGAAUGGUUUUUAAAGGAUGGAAGGAUAUUGAGUGUUAUUACAAACUAUAUGCUGAGGAGUGUGGCUUUGGGGUUAGCCGGGUUCAAGGAUCAUAUACUACUAGUAAAGAGAGAAGGGGAAUCACUUGGAAGUGUGAAUGUUAUGGUGCACCGGAUAUGAGGGCGAAGCGAGAGGCUAAGAAAAGGGCGAAGCAAAUGGAUGUUGGCGGUUGUGGAGGAAAUGUGAAUGGUGUAAUAGGGGAGGCAGAGCUAUCACGUGGGAAAAGGAAAUCUAAAAAAUGUUAUUGUAAAGCUAGGGUAUAUGGAAGUGUGAAUCGUGAAGGGCUUUGGGUGUUGCAAAGAGUGGAGUUGGAGCAUAAUCAUGAUCUGUGUCCAAGUAUGGCAAAUUUAGUGAAAGAGUACCGUAUGAAGAAGAUGACCUCCACUGUUCGCAAGCGGUUGGUGAAUUAUUAUGAGGUGGGUGUACCUGUGAGUGUAAUACGUCGAUGUUUAGGCACGGAAAAUCCUAAUUUGCCUAAUGUGAAGGAUAUGCAGCAUGAGGUUUACAAACAACGGCGGCUUAAGAUGGCCGGUGGAGAUGCUCAAGCCAUGAUGGCUUACUUUGAUUACAUGCAAGCCGAUAAUCAGAAUUUUUACCAUGCACAUAGGUUGGACGAUAAAGGUCGUUUAAAGGACGUCAUGUGGGUUGAUGCUCGGAGCCGUGUAGCUUAUGAAGACUUCGGUGACGUCGUUUGCUUUGAUGCCACGUAUCUCACAAAUGAGUAUGAGCUACCAUUUGCUAAUUUUGUAGGAGUCAAUCACCAUGGCCAGUCGAUCUUAUUAGGUUGUGCCCUAGUUUCUCAUGAAGAUUGUGAUACUUUUCGAUGGUUAUUUAAACAAUGGUUGUUGUGCAUGGGCAAUAAAGCCCCUCUUGCCAUCCUAACUGACCAAGCCCCUGCUAUGAGGAAGCCAUUUGUUGAAGUCAUGCCUAAUACACGCCAUCGAUGGUGCAUAUGGCAUAUUCUCCGGAAAUUUCCUGACAAACUUGGGAGGUGUUCCAUGUAAGUUUUCUAGAUUGGUUUUAUUAAAAUUGUUUUUGUGUUUAUAAUGAAACUUUUCAGAUUUCUUUUUGUUUUGUUAUGAAGAAUCUUCACCUGUUUUGUGGUUGUUUUGUUGUGUUGUUUGCAAUAUCAUAUUGGUAUGUUUGUUGCCAUUU